AUGGAUUCUAAAGUGUGUGAUGCAAUUAAUUCGAUCGAUAAAUAUUUUGUUGAUAAUCCGAACAAACCGAGAGAAAAUAUUUCCGGGGAUUCAUUAAAUAAGUAUUGUCCUGGUAAUAACUGUAGUAAUGAUGAAGAAAAGAUUAUCUCUGGUUUUAUAAUGUUACUAAAUAAGAUUGAUGAGGAAGGUUUAAAAAGUGAUAAAAAUUUUGAAUACGCUAGUUUAUGGUUAAGUUAUAAACUAAAUCAAAAAACACAAAAUGGAAUCACCAAAUUAUACGAUUUUUAUACUAACCGCAUAGGAACAAAUGAUUUUUAUAAGGGGAAAAUAUCUAAUAAUAUUAAUAUGGAUGUUAUAGAAGAAAAAAUAAGAUCGAUGAAUAUGGAUAUUAAAGAUAUAUCUAAUUUUUAUGAUGCAUUUAAAUCAUUAUGUAACAUGUAUAGUGAACGUGAUGCAGUCGGGCAAUGCAAGACAUGUUUAGAAAAUGCUGGAGAAUUUUUUGAAAAAUGUGAAAUAGUUAAAAAUGUUUUUGAUAUUACUAAAGAAAGUUCUUAUUUACAACUAUGGUUAAGUUUAUCAAAAGAUUAUAAAGAAUUUGAAAGUAAUUAUAAUACUAAUUGGUGUAGUAAUAUCCCAUCAGUUGUAGCUUGUCCGCGAAAUUCAAUCAUAAAAAAUACGCUAAUUACAAUUGCAAUUAUAUGUGGUGCAAUAGCAUUUUUUUUAGGGAUUUCUUAUAAGUAUUCGUUAUUUGGUUUUCGGAAACGAUCUCAAAAACAACAUUUAAGAGAAAAGCUAAAAAAAUAA